AUUCCCCUUCUCUGUAUUUCAAUUUCUAUCGAUAUCGAUCCUUUCACUUCAACAGCUCCCAUCUUAAAAUGACAAGCAUCUGAUACACCCAUUUCUUGCUUCAUUGAAAAUCUACUGUAUUUAUAAGAUUUGCAUCGGUAGACAUUAUAGUAAAUCAUAAAUUUUUGUUGUGUACUUUGGAGUUUGGACAGGGUUGCUGACGAAAGGAAGCUUCAAGUAUGCUCCAAAGCCACCGAGUAAAUAUUGUUCAAGCACUUUAAACAUGAAAUCACACUGAAAGUUGAAGGACAGAGAUUGCCAAUUAGGAUUUGCCUGUUCUUUGAUGAACGCCUUCGGCCUAAUUAAAAAUGAGCUUCGUAAGAAGCUGCAGAUGGAACAAACUUAUGAGGCAAGAAAAAAUUUCACGCGCAUGUAAACCGACAGGCUUUAUUUUUGCCGCUUCAAUUUCUCAUAUAAAGAAGACAUGCACAAUCAAUAGCUUUGUGAAGACAAGAAAUCAACUAGCAGUAAGCUUCAAAUUGGAAUGAAAUUAACUGUUUGUUAGAGUUUCAACAAUCAAAGUCUGUUUUUAUUUAUAGUUCUAAAAUGGUGAAUGAUUCCACGUACUCUCACAAUGAUCAUGUUCCUGCAAAUUCUCAAUUUUAUGUGGGGUUGGAGAAAUGUAUUUGGGAUUUGAAGAGGCUUUUGUUCCGAAACGAGGUGUCGGUUGUUGGCGUUCAUAGUAUGGGAGGUGGUGGGAAGACUACUCUCGCAUUGGCUCUAUGCAAUGAUCUCCAAAUUAAAGAUUAUUUUGAUAACAAUGUGAUUUUCAUCACCGUUUCACAAUCCCCCAAUCUAAAAGGAAUAUUGGAGACUAUGUGGGAGAAAAUAGCCAAGAGAAGACUAGAGUUUCAGGAUGUGAAAGAUGCACACAUAAAUUUGCAGCAGUUGCUUUCGAAGCAAUCUAAGCCAACUCUAAUUAUUUUGGAUGAUGUUUGGUCUAGUGAAAAUUUGGAAGAAUUACUAUUUGAAGGUCUGGCAUACAAGACUCUUAUAACCAGCAGAGACAAGUCCACCAUACCCAGAACUCCCUCUUCACAACUCUAUCAAUUACCCUUGCUGGGCACAGAGGAUGCUCUGUCUCUUCUCUGCUUCUGGGCUUUUGGACAGACAUCAAUUCCAAGUGAUGUAGAUAUAAAUCUAAUAAAGGAGGUGCAAGCAGAAUGUGACGGUCUGCCACUUGCUCUAAAGGUGAUUGGAAGUUCUAUGCAUGGGGAACUGGACGAGGCUUGGAAAAGGGCAAAGAAAAAGUCUGAAGGAGAAUACAUAUCAGAUUAUCACAGAAAAGGGCUAUUUAGAUUGUUGCAGACAAGUAUUGACUCCUUAAAUUAUGUAGCCAAGGAAUGUUUCUUAGACUUGGGGUUAUUUCCCAGGGACAGGAAAAUCUGUGUUGAUGCACUAUUGGACAUUUGGGUCUAUGUUCAUAAGCUACGAAGACAUGAUGCUUUUGAAAUCUUAUCAGAACUUGCAAGCAAAAGUUUGCUAAAUUUAAGUAGCAAUCAAAGAGGAAGUGCAUCAGUCUCAUAUAAAAAUGCUUUGGAGCUGUAUUUUUCUCAGCAUAACGUACUGAGAAAUUUGGCCUUGUAUUUGGGACGCCAAGACAAUAUAGUUCACACUAAGAGGUUGGUCAUAACAAGGAAGGACUCUAGUUUGUUGGCGAAAGGGGAGUUGCUUAUUGAUAGAUCAUUUGAUAGUCAAAUUCUUUCCAUUCUCACUGGCCCUAUGGAGGAAAAUCACUGGCAUGAUAUGACUUUCCCUGAAACAGAGGCUCUGAUGUUACACUUUACUUCGACAGAUUACUUUCUUCCUCCAUUUCUGGAAUCCAUGAAAAAAUUAAGAUUUCUGAUGGUAUCCAAUUGCGGUACAAAGAAGGCAACAACGAAAGGUCUAGAUGUCUUAUCUUCACUCACUCAACUCAAGAGCGUCCGCUUGGAGAGGGUGAUUGCACCCUUUGGUGAAAAACAGAGCAUUGAAGCACUGCAGAACUUAGAGAAGCUAUCACAGAGCUUAUGUGAAGGAUUUGGAAAUAUAUCCACAUUCAUUAAGCUCCAAGAUUUUAACCUGGACCACAGCAGUGAUUUGGAGGAGUUACCCCCAGUUGUCUGCAAUAUGAGCUCCAUUCUCUCUUGGUCUAUUACCAACUGCCAUCUACUUCAGAAUUUACCACAUGAUUUUGGAAAUAUGAGUUAUCUAAGAAUGCUAAGGUUAUCUGCAUUACCAGGCCUGAAAGAGCUUCCUGCAUCAAUCGGAAAACUUGCACAGUUGGAAUAUCUAGACAUUUCAGUAUGCGAGGGUUUGAAAGAACUUCCAGAGGAAGUAGGACAGCUCAAGAAGUUGAGGGAAAUUGAUAUGAGAGAAUGUUCUCGUUUGACGAGGUUACCUACUACUCUUUGUGAGCUAAGUUCCCUGAAGGUUGUCACCUGUGAUGAGAAGAUUGGGAAUCAGUGGUUGCGGGCCAAGAACAUUUCUAUUCCAGAGCUGACAGUUGAAAUUGUGGAAGUACACUUCAGUUUGGAUUGGCUUGAUGAUUGACGUCUUUUCCAACUCUCAUCUUGAAGAAAAAAGAAGAUCCUUUCCAUCAUAACGUUCUUGUAAAAUUUUCUCAACAUUUUUAUAUAUACUAGCACAAAUCAAUAUAAGAUCC